CUCACCCAGCUGCCAUGGCCUCCUCAACUACAGCAGGGGACGUACAAGAUGACGCCAUUUGCUCCAUCUGCCUGGAGUAUCUGACAGAGCCGGUGACUAUAGUGUGUGGGCACAACUUCUGCCGAGCCUGCCUCAGCCAGUACUGUGAGGAAAGGGGAACAGGGACACACCUGACCUGUCCCCAGUGCAGAGCCCAGUUCCAGAAAGGGGAGUUCAAGCCCAACACACAGCUGAAUAGCAUCGUACAAAAGCUCAAACAACUGGGGUUAAAACCAGGAAAAGGGCAAAAGGAGAAACUAUGUGAGAGACACGAGGAACGUCUCAAACUCUUCUGUGAGGACGAUGGAGAAACCAUUUGCUGGGUGUGUGAGAGAUCCCGGGACCACAAGUCUCACACUGUGGUUCCCAUUGAGGAGGCUGCUCAAGAUUACAAGGGGAAACUCCAGGGAGCCCUGGGCCCUCUGAGGAAGGAGCUGGAAGAGGCCCUGGCUCUGACGUCUAAAGAGGAGGAGAAAACCACAGAGUGGCAGAGGAAAGUGAAAAAUAAGAGAGAGAUGAUUGCAGGUGAAUUUAACAGACUGCACACACUGCUGAGAGCGGAGGAGCAGCUGCUUCUGCAGAGACUGGAGGAGGAGGAGAGGGAGACUCUGCAGAGACUAAGGGAAAAUGUCACCAAACUCUCCCAGCAAAGCUCCUCUCUGCAGCAGCUGAUCACAGAGAUUGAGGGGAAGUGUCAGCAACCAGUUGUCGAGCUGCUAAAGGAUGUGAAAAGCACAUUGAGCAGGAGUGAGAAUGUGAAACUCCAGGAACCAGAAGCUGUUUCUACUGACCUGAAGAACGUGUAUAAAAUUUCCCUUGACAUGAAUGAAGUGCUGAAUAAAUUCGGAGACAAACUCCAGGCUGAGCUCAGGUGGAGAUGCGCCCAGUUCUAUGCAGUGGACGUGACUCUGGAUCCAGACACGGCUUAUCCCAAACUCGUCCUGUCUGAGGAUCGGAAACGUGUGAGACUUGGAGACAAACGCCAGGAUCUGCCCAACAACCCUGAGAGAUUUGAUCCUUGUGUCUGUGUCCUGGGCACUGAGGGGUUUGCGGGUGGGAGGCGUUACUGGGAGGUGGAGGUGGGAGACAAGACAAGAUGGACUCUGGGGGUUUGUAGGGAAUCUGUGGAAAGAAAGGGGAAUGUCACAUACACACCUGAGGAUGGAUACUGGGUCGUGCGGCUGAGGGAUGGGGGAUACAAGGCCUGCACCUCCUCCCCGACCCCCCUCCCCAUGAGCGUCAGGCCCAGCCGGGUGGGGAUUUUCCUGGACUAUGAGGUGGGCGAGGUCUCAUUUUACAAUGUGACUGACAGGUCCCAUCUCUUCACUUUCACUGGCACCUUCUCCGGGACGCUCCGCCCUUAUUUCAAUCCCUCUCGCAACGCUGGGGGUGAAAACGCGACUCCCCUGGUAAUCUGCCCGGUCCCAGCUGAGGCCGGAGGGAAUCUCUGUCCCUGACAGUGACCCCGCGGCACAGACUGUCCCCUCCCAGCGCUGCUGCUCUUCCCGUCCCCAGUGGUGGGGGCCAGUGACUGCAGCAACUGGACUUUUUGUGCUGACCGGACGCUGCCAGUUUCCCUGUUCAACUGGAGAUUCCAGUCGAAAACCGGACACCUGGGAACCCCCAACCCUCACCUUUCCCCAUCUCCGGCCCCAGGGGUAGCGGAUGGGGGUGGAUGGGGACAUUUACCCCUGUCAGAAUUUUCUACCCCUGUGAAAUCUCAAUGUAAAAUAUGAAAGAAAAAAUAUCAUUUUACUUUAGAAAUUAUUUUUGUACCAAGGUGUAAAUACAAUAAUAUUUUAAUUUACAUUUCAACAGUAUUUAAAAAACAAUCUUAUAGAUCUAUUUGUAGAAAUGGAAUUAUUUACAUUAAUUUUUAUUUUUCCCUCAAAUCUAUAGUGAAGUUUAACAUCUCUAAAUAACGUCAUUUGCAUUUCAACUGUGGAAUUUCAAGAAAUCCAAAAUAUUUAUCUUAAC